UACGUGUCUAGCUAGCUAAUAUCAUCCUUGAAUUUAUAGAUUAUUUACUCAUAACAAAUUUAAUCCACCAAUGAUGAGUGAUGUUUCAUCUCACUAGUGCAUGUGAAUAAGCUAUCGUAUUUUUCCUAUGUGCAUCUUCAUCAUCUCUUUUAAAAGAAGAACCUAGGAAAGAAAAAGGAAAUUUUAGAAAGCUAAUGCUUAAUUAAAGAAUGGCGAAAUCGGCAUAUUUGAUGGAAAACUCAUUUUCUGCAGAGAAUAUUUUGUGCUAUAACCCAGCAGACGUCUAUUCCAAUGGCUACAAAAUCCGUAAUCCUCUAAAAUUUCCUGCACCUCUUAUGAUAUUUCAGCUCUCUGUUAUCUCAUUAACAUCUCUUCUCAUUUGUGUCGGCCUCAAGCCUUUGGGUCAACCUAAUCUUGUCUCACAAGUUCUUGGUGGUAUAGUGUUUGGACCAUCACUAUUGGGACAUUUAAAAGGGGUGAAAGAAACCAUGUUUCCUACGCGAAGCGUUAUGGCAUUAGAAACUGCAGCAACAUUUGGUGUUCUCUUCAAUCUUUUCGCUAUAGGAGUUGAGUGUGACUCGAAAAGGAUGUUCAGGCCAGGGAAAAAGGCCAUUAUAAUAGGCAUCUCUGUUUUUAUUUCUUCACUUGCAUUGAAUAUGGCGCUAGCGAUGCUUAUGCGACAUUUCAUCACGCUGGACCCUCAUCUAGCAAAAGCUCUGCCUACUAUUGCAAUUUCACAAAGCAUUGUUGGUUUUCCUAACAUAUGUUCCCUUCUCAAAGAAAUGCAAAUGCUCAACACUGACCAAGGCCGUCUAGCCACUUCUGCAGCUAUGUUCUGUGAUAUUAUUGGCUUCACCAUGGGAUCAGCAGGUUUUAUACAGUUGCAAAUGGAGAAAGAACAUUCAAUAGAGCGAAAAAUGGGUUCAGCACUCUCUCCAUUGAUCCUGGUCAUAUUCACAAUUUAUUUCGUUAGGCCUGCAAUUAAGAAGACAUUAAAACUUAGACUAGAAGGGAAAUCUAUUGGAGAAAACUACUUUGUUUGCGUUUUAAUAAUUGUACUGGCGUACAUAUUAGCUGCUGAGACGAUUGGACAACACUUCCUCUUUGGAGCACUUUUGUUAGGCAUGGCCAUUCCUGAAGGCCCCCCUCUGGGCUCAGCUUUGAUCAGAAAACUAUAUUAUCCAGUUGGCAAGAUUUUGUACCCAGUUUUUCUCACCACCAGUGGCCUCAAAACAGAUAUUUUCACCAUUCAUUUUAAGACACUAUGGGUUAUUUCCAUUCUAAUUUUCUUUUCCGUCCUACUCAAGAUUGGAGUAAUGAUUAUCAUAACUCGUUACACAGGCUUGACCAUUCAUGACUCUGUUAUUAUUGGUCUCAUGUUGAAUUCUAGAGGCGUCUGUGAUGUUGUUUUCUUUAACUUAUGGAGAAUUUCAAAGGCCCUGUCAGAUGAACACUUCGCGGUUGUUAUCACUAUCUCAGUUAUUUUAGUUACGGUGAUCAUCGCACCACUACUAAAAUUUCUUAUUGGUGCAAUCGAACACCAAGCUCCAACAAAGAGACGGACACUUCAGCACUCAAAGCCUGACUCAGAGCUACGGAUAAUGGUCUGUGUUCACGAUCUACAAAGUGUGCCAACUAUGAUCAACUUACUUGAAGCUUCCAAUGCAACAGAGAAGAGCCCCAUAGGAGUCAUAGGUCUCGUACUCAUUGAGCUCGUGGGUCGAGCAGCUCCCCUUCUUAUUACUCAUAAUCAUUCCCCGGGAGACAUCCCUGAGGAUGCUUCAAUAUCAUUGCAAAUCAUCAACGCAUUGAGACAAUAUGAGCUUGCCUAUGAAACUUGUGUCACCCUUCAACCAUUCACCACCAUCACACAUUUUGAACUAAUGCACGAAGACAUUUGUCGCGUUGCACUGGAUCAGAAUGCAACAUUUAUGAUUGUACCAUUCCACAAGCAUUGGGAAAUUGAUGGUUCCAUUGGAACAUCAAGCCGCACCAUACAAAAUAUCAACUCCAAAGUAAUCAAGAAAGCACCUUGUUCUGUGGGGAUACUUGUUGAUCGUGGAAUCCUAAAGGGGUCCAUGGCGAUACUAAAUAAUCAGGGUGGUUAUCAUAUAGCCGUGGUCUACAUUGGAGGCCCAGACGAUGCAGAAUCACUAGCCUAUGGUGCCAGGCUUGCUAGACACCAAAAUGUGUCGAUAACACUUAUCCGUUUCCUUAUGUUUGGGUAUGACAAUGCAAGAGAAAGAAAGCUAGACAACAGCCUUAUUGAAGCAGUUCGCUAUGAGAACUCAACAAAUGAGAAUUUCAUAUAUGAAGAACGUGUUACUAGAGAUGGGGUUGGGCUAUCUGCUUCACUUAGAACCUUAGAAGAUAGGUUUGAUUUAAUUGUUGUAGGGAGGCACCAUGAAGACUCACCUUUGCUAGUGGGACUUGGGGAAUGGAGUGAAUGUCCUGAACUUGGUGUUGUGGGAGAUUUCUUGGCUUCACUAGAUGUUGGGAUCAUAGCUUCAGUUCUAGUGGUGCAGCAACAGAGAGUUAGAGGGAAGUUGGUGAAUAGAACAAUGAAACCAGUAGUACUUAACAAUCAAGAUGGAGGCCCCUAUCCUGACAUGAAUAAUAAUAAUGCAGUUAAUAAUGGGAUAUCAACACCAAGAACCUCCACCUCUAAUGAUCAACCAAGAUGGGAAAUCACGAUAGACAGAGCUAAUUAGUUUUUGCAUCCAUGUACAAUCUCCAUAGUUUUGCUCGUUGUACAGUACUAUACUGACUUGAGUAAUAUUCUGUUACUUUUUUAAAAGAAUAUAGGUUCACUUCAUUUACUAUUGGUAUUUACUUCAAAACCACAUAGCUACUAAGGUGAUUCGAACCCACAAACAAGAGGCAACAAAACUUUUAUAAGUCCAUCUAAUCCACUAAAUCAAUAAUAUACUUUGUUUAUGAGGUUCCAACUUAUAAUUCUUAUAUAUUUACUUGAUUUCUCAAUAUAAAUACAAGAUUCACACAAAAGUUAUUUGAUUCCCCAAAAAUUCCCAAAAAUCCAACCCAACCUGCUGGAUCUACCCUUGAGUAUAUACUAAACGACAAAUAAUAACAAGUGAACAUGUAAAUCGACCCGUAAGGAUGUUUUAUCGACAUUAGGUUAUUUAAGUUAACCCUAUUAUUUUCCUAUAUAAGAACAUAUAAGAUGUAUCAUUAAACAGAAGAAAAUAUACAGAAUACAGAUUACCUAGUAUUUUCCCACCUCAAUAGU